AUGGCAGGCGAGCCCCGGGCGGGCGGGGACGCGGCCCUGCGGCAGCUCCUGCGCAGGCACCGCACGGACAUCGCGGUGGCCGUGGACAGCGCCUUCCCGCUGCUGCACGCGCUGGCCGACCACGACGGUCCCGAGGACAAGCUGCAGGAGACCCUGCGUCUGCAGGAGAGGGAGGGCUGCCCGCAGGCCACGCACGCGCUGCUCUCCUGGCUCCUGACCCAAGACGGCGCCGCCAUCCUGGACUUCUGGAGGGUCCUCUUUAAGGACUACAACCUGGAGAGAUACGCUCGGCUGCAGCCCGUGCUGGACAGCUUCCCCAAAGAUGUGGACCUCAGCCAGACCCGGAAGGGGAGGAGGCCCCCCAGCAGCCCCAAGGCCUCAGUGCUGCUGCCCAGACCCCCCACCAAGAGGAAGGCUGUGGAGGAGCCACGGGUGGCCCCAGCAGCAGCCCCGGGCCUGAGGGGCACCUCCAGUCCAGGCUCCCACGCCAAGGUCAAGCCCCCCAGGAGGCCGGAGAGCAGUGUGGAGCAGCAGCGCCCCACCCCGGGGAACGGAAUUCAGACCCUGUCCGCCUCGGUGCAGAGAGCCGUGGCCAUGUCCUCCGGGGACGUGGCAGGAGCCCGCGGGGCCGCGGAGAGGGUCCUCAUCCAGCAGGUGUUCGAGUCAGCCGGCUCCAAGAAGUGCAUCCAGGUGGGCAGCGAGUUCUACACGCCUGGCAAGGGUGAGGACCCGGGUGCGGGGAAGAGCAGGACCCGCGGCGGCGGCAGCGGGGGCCUGAAGACUCUGGUCCGAGCCAAGGGACCCCAGACCGCCGCCCCUGGCGGGGGCGACAUGAGGACAGGCCAGCAGGGCAGGGGCCCGGCCCCUCCGGCCCUCCCCAGCGAGCCCCUGCUUCACCAGAAGAACGAGGACGAGUGUGCCGUGUGCCGCGACGGCGGGGAGCUCAUCUGCUGCGACGGCUGCCCCCGCGCCUUCCACCUGCGCUGCCUGUCCCCGCCGCUCAGGGACGUCCCCAGCGGCAUGUGGAGGUGCUCCAGCUGCCUCCAGGGACGCGCCCCGAGGGACCUGCUCCGGGUGGAGGAGCCCCGGCUCCCCGAGCCGCCCACAGUCACCCCGGUUCUCCUGGGUCUGAGGUCGGCGGGCGAGGAGGCCGGGGGCCUGCCCAGGGAGCCCCCCGCCGGGGCGGACGCUGCAGCCGUCUACAAGCACCUGCCGGCCCCGCCCUCCGCAGAGCCCCUCCCCGAGCUGGACCCCUUGGCUCUGCGCCCCCUCCUGUGUGCGGGCCCCGAGGGGCAGCAGGGCCCGGCCGGGCGGUGCGGCGUGUGCGGGGGCGGCGCGGGGCUGCUGCGGUGCGGGCGCUGCGCCCUGGCCUUCCACUGGCGCUGCCACUUCCCGGGGGGCGCCGCGCGCCCGGGGCCCGCCCCGCGCUGCAAGGCCUGCUCCGGAGACCCGAGCCCGAGCCCGGGGGAGGCGGCAUCCGCUGAGGGUCAGAAUUCGGUUCUCAAGGCCUGCCUGGAGGAGGAGGGCCCCUGCCCCCCAGGGCCCCCGGCUGUGGCCUCCGGGAAUCUAGACCCCAGGCCGGGCCUCAGCGACUCUCCCUCCUCGGUGCUGCAGGCGGACGACUCGGGUCAGGAGCCGGCUCUGCACAGGGAUGACCUGGAGUCCCUCCUGAGCGAGCACUCCUUCGACGGCAUCCUGCAGUGGGCCAUCCAGAGCAUGUCCCGCCCGCUGGCCGAGGCCCCCGCCUUCUCCUCCUGACCGGCACUGCAGGGGGCGCCCCCUUCCGCACAGGUGGACUUGUGGCCUCUGCUGCCCUCAGCGGGAUGGGCC